AUAUUGCACAUGUCAUUUUCCCAUGAUUCAACUGACAAGAAUAGGUUUUACAGGGACAGUUUAUCAGAAUAUUCUCUUAUGCAACAGGAUAUCAAGGGGAUGUGGAUAUAAAAGCCAGCAUAUUUCGCACGUGCAGUGUCUUGUUCCUUAUUUUUAACACGGGUUGUGUUCGGAGAGGUUCACACACAUGGAUUUACGAUACAGAUGGAUGAUUUUUCUGUGUGUGCUGGUAGUCCAGUGUUUCACAGAUGACAUCAACACAAAGCACAUGAACAACUUCAUUAAAGCAGUGGAGCAAAUCGAGUCGGAGAACCCUGGGCUCCAGACUGUAGCGGUUCUGAGGGGUUUGCGUAAAGCUGCUGGUAUUGACACGCCAUUUAUCCAGCAUUAUCUCGGUUCCCUCACUGACGCAGAGAGUCUUGUAAUAAAGUCACCACUCGAUGAGUACAUCUCCAACGUUCUUAAACACAGAGUGGUGCAGGAAUUCGAGGAAGGUGUCGUCCUCACCGAAGAUGGAACCACUGUGGCUCUAAUUCCUCUUCUGUUGGGCCUUGAAGCCGGUGUGAAAUCCAGCUCCUGGCCACGUGUGCCUGGUCUCUACCCUCUUACUCUCACCAAGAACCUAGCUGUCUCAUUCCUUCAGCAUUCCAAAACUCAAUCUUCCUCCUCAUUACAUCUAGGUCCUAAUGGUUGUUGGGACAAUGUGAGAAAUCCUCAGGUCUUCACUCUUUCUGGUGCGCCCUCCUCGGUCACAGAAGCUCUAAUAAAUGGAGGCAUGGAUGGAAUGAUUUUAGGGAAGCAUGUUGCUAAACCUAACAAACACCAGCAAACAUUGAGUAGCCUCCUUAGACGGUACUACACCCAUCGGCUGAACAGCAGAGGGCUUGACGCAGCACCCACUCUGAUCAGCCGGCUUCGCAGAAGCAACUUUGGGAAGCUGGUCAACCUCGAUUCACUCAGAAAGCAAGUAACUAAGGCUCUGAAUAUAUAUCAAAGGCUGCAUAAAUAUGAGAAGAAAUCGAACAAAAGAAACAAACAAAUAGAUAUGGACGAAGGGCUGAGGACGUUUGUUCACAGGUACAUAGACUGUCCAGCCAUCAUUCCACGUUGCAUGUGGGAAGCUCAGCCCUACCGUGGUACUCCCACUUUGCUGUCCCUUCCUCUAUCCUUCCUAUAUAUCCAUCAUACUUAUGAGCCGUCCCAGCCAUGUCUGUCUUUCCAGCAAUGCUCGCAAGACAUGAGGUCUAUGCAGAGGUUCCAUCAGGACGACCGUGGCUGGGACGACAUUGGAUACAGCUUUGUUGCUGGUUCUGAUGGCUACGUUUAUGAAGGGCGUGGCUGGCACUGGCAGGGUGCCCACACCAAAGGCCAAAACUCUAAAGGUUACGGAGUCUCCUUCAUAGGUGACUACAUGACCAGCAUCCCUUCCCAGCGCUCCAUGGAUCUAGUUAGGAACCAGUUGGCAAAGUGUGCCACAGAGGGAGGGAGGCUGAUUUCAAACUUCACCAUACAUGCGCAUAGACAGCUGGUGAGCACAUCCUGCCCUGGAGAUGCCUUUUACAAGGAAAUUAAAGGAUGGGAGCACUUUGGGGAGGUUAAGCAGUAAAGAGGACAUAAAAUGUCUUAAAACCAUGGCAUCUUGCAGAAUAAACAGAAUAAAUCUGCACAAUAAAUACGCUACCCUGG